AUGGAAUUGGAAAUCUUUAGUAAGACGACAGAGUCCAUUGUGUUGCGUCGCAAUGGUUCAUAUGACGAUAUGAUUGCAACCGUAAUUGAGGCCGAUGAGUUAACUUGCGAGCCAAAUGACUUGGUGAUUAGCUAUCAAAUGAAUGUGAGGAGAAAAAUACAUCCCACAUUCAUAAAAAAUGAUAGGAACGUGAGCUUGUACAUGUUAGAUAUUGGUAUUGAUGGCUCUAGGCCUACAUUGAGGAUAAACGUUAAUGUGAGGCCUCCAAUUGAACCAACGAAUUUAUUUAACGACGAUAAUGAUUCGAUUGGAAAUGAAACAUUGGAUUAUCAUUCAAAGGAGAGCUUAGGUGAUCAUUCAAAUGGGAGUUUGGGUGAUCAUUCGAUGAAUAUACAUGAUGAUCCAACUAAUGUGGAAAAUCAGCCAGUAGAUGCGGAAGAUCCCGAACCCGAAUGUUGUGAAGAAAUGCAGGCGAGGAAAUAUGAGUGCUUAGAUAUAUUUCAUAUCUAUAAGUACAUUGGCGAACAUAGUUGUGGCGUUGAACAUGCCAACAGUAGCCAUAGAAAAUUUUCAAUCAAAGUGAUUGCUUCACUUUGUGUAAAUAUGUAUUGUGAUGGCAAGGGUCCAAAUGUUAAAGAGAUUCAAAGAGCUAUUUUUAAUUCUUUUCAUUGUAGUCCAAGCUAUUGGAAAUGUUGGAAGGGUGGUGUGGUUGCUAAGGAAAUGGUCCGAGGGACAGCGGAGAACAAAUAUUCAUUUUUACCGACUUUUUCUUACAUGUUCGAGACACUUUAUGUUGGUUCUAGUUAUUGUCUCAUGGUAAACACGGAUAGUCAUAGGUUCAUGUAUUAUUUCUUGGCCUUUGGUGCUUGCAUUAAGGGAUUUGCCCACAUGAGAAAGGUAAUUGCGGUUGAUGACACUCAUUUACAUGGUAGAUACGAGGGCGUGUUGUUGAGCGUUGUUGCACAAGAUAUGGAGAAUCAUGUUUAUCUGAUUACCUUUUGUGUCGUGGACAAAGAGAAUGAUGCAUCUUGGACAUUCUUAUUUGAGAAAUUGAAGGAGAUUGUGGUCGAUGAACCAAAUUUGUGUUUUAUCUCUGAUAGACACAAGAGUAUCGCCAACGGUAUUGUGAACGUUUACAAUCAUGCUCACCACAAAUAUUGUAUGAGGCACCUCGAUGAAAAUCUCCGCGUAAAUCAUCAUUAUGGAGAUUACCUUUAUCUUUACUACAAUGCGGCAAAGGCUUAUUCCUUGGAGGAGUUUGACAAAUAUUUUGUAGAAUUCAAGAACAAAUGCCCCACUGCAGCCGUCGUCCUUGAGCAUGAUAUUGGUUUUGAGAAGUGGAGUAGGGCACAUUUUCCUGGCAAUAGAUAUGAUGUUAUGACCACAAAUAUCGCCGAGUCACUCAAUGCUAUGUUAAUAGACGAAAGAGAGUAUCCCGUGGCAUUUAUAUUUAAUUCGAUUGCUAAGAGGUUAGGAAAAUUGUUUAGGGAGAGGAAUGCAUAUAUACUCAAAUCAAUGGGUAAUCAAAUGGUGUCGGCUGCCAAAGAAUCGCAAGAAAAAAAUGAUCGAGGGCGACUCCUUGUAUGUGCAGAAUGUAACUGGGGACACAAUCAAUUUACAGUGUUCGGUGCGGGUGUUACUGCCUAUGUGGACAUACUGGAAAAAUCAUGUUCAUGUAGGGAAUAUGACUUGAUCAAGAUACCUUGUGCUCACACAAUGGCAACUUUGCGAUCGAAGCAUGGCAAUGAGUAUUGUAUGAGCAUCUAUGAGUACUCUUCACCUUUGUAUAAAGUUGAAGCAUACCUUCUUGCAUACUUGGAUUCUAUUAAUGUUAUCCCUUUCGAGUCGAAAUGGUGUGUUCCAGAAGAAUUGCUUAGUGUGAAGAUUCUUCCACCUCUUGUCGAUACCAAGCUUGGAAGAAAAAGAAGAAAAUGUGUCAAAGGCAUCGGUGAGAAUUUCAAGAGCAAGAGAAGGAAUAAAUGUUCAAUUUGUAAGAGAACCGGACACAAGAGAACUACAUGUGUGAACAACAACAAAUCGUAA